AUGCUUCGCAACAUUCCCAACAAGUACACCCGGGAAAUGCUGGUGAAGCAGCUGAACCAGGAUUUCAAGGGCCGCUUCGACUUUGUCUACUUGCCCAUCGAUUUCAAAAAACAAGUCUUGCUUGCAAAGUUGCUCAACUCCAAAAAGAUUGCUGGCGUCACGCCAGCUCGGGUGCAAGGCUUGGAGGAGAAUGUGCGCCGAUUGCGGACAGGUCCUGUCAUGAACGAACUCGUGAAUCAUCCUGAUUGGAUGCCUCUACUGUUGGACGACAAGGGAGAGGCACAUGCAACACCGGUGAAACUGAACGGUUGCAAAAAGGAUUGGUUGAAAAGAAAGGAAGGGAACACAGCACAACACAGAGGUCUUCAGGUAAGGAAGAAAAAGAGAAGAAAGAAAAGCAUAACAAGAAAAGGAACAACAAGGAAGAAAGAAAAGGGGAAGAGGUCCACAACUAUUUGAGGUUUGGCAGACAAUGUGAGCUUUUGGCCUGGUCCGACUAUUAAGCAUUUGCCCAAUUUCAAUAGUAACAUGUAGCCAUGAAUUGAAUAUCAUCACUACCAGUCUGUCGGUGCAGUGGCAUUUGAGGGCGAAUCGCAGGCCAUGCCAUUUCCAAUGCCUGAUCAUCCAGCUCCAGCAGCUCAGCUAUUGCAUUGCGAGCAAGAACAGGGUGAUCAUGACACCACAAAAAGUCUGUGUCAUGUUGUUGUACCCCACCCAGUUUGAUUCAGCCAUAUAAUAUUUUGUACCAAAACUGUAGGGGCAUGUCUCCGAAGGACAAUGAAGACGUCACUGAGGGGCUAUCCAAAUCUAGUUGGGGAAAGCCACAAACCAUAAGCAGGUUCGGAAUGUAUUCUUAUUUACUUCAAUACAAACGAAGGACGAAUGGAAGAAAGAACUGAAUAAAAAAGAAAGGUCUAAGAAACGGAACAAUAAACAAAAGAACAACAUAGGAAAACAAAAGGGUAGCAAGAAGCUACUGGUAACAAGGGCAUCGCUACUAGUAACAAGGGCAUUACUACUAGUAGCAUGUCUCUCCCCACAGUGACUGGUUGCUCGAAUACUCCUCGAUGUACCAAGGCUCCAAAGCUCAAGAGGCGUGCA